AUGGUUCAGCAGUCACCCGUUGCGGCAAAAGCAACCGAUGAGGAGGCCAAGUCAGCCGAAAGGAUUCCUUAUCAAGAAGUUCUGAAGAGUAGGAAUCGCCACCGUCUGCCAGACAAGAUCAUGAAGUGCCUCAAUGAAGGAAUAGAGCCCGAUGUCCUCUGGUGGAGCCCCCAUGAGAAUGGGUUUACCGUCGACUCUGAAACGGUGCAAGCUAAGCUCCUUGAUGUGCAUUUCCGAGGUACCAAGCUCUCUUCUCUUGUGCGAAGCCUGAAUCGGUGGGGGUUUCGGAGAGACUUCUAUCGAGCAUUGCCAAGACAAGCUUUGGCAUUUCAGCAUCCUCAGUUCAAGAAGAACGAGCAACAUCUCUUGAGAGAGAUGAAAAUCAGCACCUCCACAAUCAUAGAUGUUGCCGACGACUCUGGUGACGACGAAGAGGCUAACAAGGACAAGGAAAAGGCGGAGGAAAAGAUCAAGGAGGCGGAAAGCGAUUCGACUAGCAGUGACGACUCCGAUAGCUCUGAUGCCAAAAAGCCAGCUGCAGCGGCAAGACCACAAGAUCAAGGCGUUGCGCCGUCCAAUGAACUGCAGGUGGCCGCUUCCCAUCAGCAGGUCUUUGCUUCGGUUUCACGGCCGCCAGGACCAGGUGGAAUCGGGUAUUUGAGGGCAAGCGAUAUCACAGGAAGCCCAUCCCAGCGACUAGGAAUGCUGCCAGUGACAGCUGGGGCAUCGGCGCAGGACUCUCAGAACCGCCAAGCCGUAGUUCCGCCCGGCACACUCGCGGAUGCGCUGUCAUCACCAUUGUCAGUAAGGAAUCGUGCAGGGAUGUUUCAACAGCCUAUCUCUUCUUUGCAAGCUUCGUCUUUCUUGCCAGUGAACUCCAUCCUUGACACAGCACUCAGACAACAGAACCGACCACCGCUGUCCGGCUCCCCAGACCAACAGGCACGGCUUGCAUCUCUUGCGGGUUUAUCUGGAUGGAGAGGCCUGCCCUCGAUGGCCGGGACCGGCACUGCCCUAUCUCUGCAAAUGCAGCAGCAACAACAACAGCAACGGCAUCAAGAUAAUAUGUUACUACAGAACCAACUCUUGCUGCAGCAGCAGAUGCAACAGUCACAAUCAGGCAGAAUGCCUGGGUACUUGCAAUCUCUCGAAAGAUCGAUGAUAAGUCAGAACCAACAACGCGACGAGAUCCUACUCCAAGAACUGCUUCUUGCGAGGCAACGUGAGGAGGAGGCAAUGAGGCGCCUUCAGCUUUCGACGGCCCGGUAUCAAUUCCAGUCCGACUUGGGCCAAAUCCCCGCCUCUUCACUUCAAGUGCCAUCCCUGCGUAACCAGGGAACGCAACCGCAACCACAACACCCUGCCACACAUCAUCAGCUGUAUGCGACGGCUGUCCAAAGGGUGCAGACGCAGUCGCAAAUUCAAGCGAUUUUGCGGGGACAAGGUAGAAGACACAGUGAGGGCGAUUCUUCCAAGGAGCCCGAAGACGCCCAGAAAAUGCCGCCGCCGAGAUGA